AAAACCAUCUUGGAAUUAGGUUAUAAGUAAGAGAAAAAUUCACUUUUCGCAAAACAAUUCAACCCAAAACGUCAUUUAAACAAUACCUGUCAUUAAAUUAUCCUUUUUGAAUAAAUUGUCAAAAUUGUUUACGUUAAAAAAUAAACUCGGGAAAAAAUUACAUCAAUGGACAGAGUAGCCGGUAGCAGCCAUCAUCAUCCUCCCAGAACACAAUACAUGUGCCACAAAUGCAGAAAAACAUUUCGUUUGAGUGCCAUGUAUGCCUGCUACCAUGGGCAUUACAUGUGUAGACAAUGUUACCAAAAAAUGACUUCAGGCAGUAAUUAUAACAUUGUUCCAAACGAUUUGGCACCUGCGGAAAGCAAAUCACAAGCAACAAAUCAAUACAUUGACCAGAAAAUAUUUCUUGAACCUGAUCAAGAACUUGGUGGUUCUGCACCGCGGAAUAAAACCAUGUUUCCGAAUCCAAGCUCAUACCAACAGAACACCAUCGAUAAGCACAACUCUCUGAUCAGUUUAGCGACAAUUUACAAACCAAGUCUGCUGAAUUUCACUUCAAGUUCAAGAAAGCCGAUUGUUUGUCCACAAUAUGAUUGUAGAAAAACAAUAGCUGUUUCCUUGCUGGGAGCACAUUUCUAUCAUGAACACAAACAAGUUACCACAAUUGUCACCGAAUUGGAGAUGCGAAAUUGUCUUGAGUUUAACUUUAAAGAUCUCCGUAAUAAAACUCGAAAUUUAUGCCUGCUGCUUAUCAAUUUACGCUCUGAAGUUAGGAAGAAUCUUGCAGAUGACGAAAGUGGAUUGCAAGACAGGUCGACAUAUUCUAAACUGUCCCGCAUUCAACAAAAUUCCCAACAGCCAUUUUUCAUAGUGAUUGCUGCCAAGAUGCCAUGUGGAAAUUACGAAGAAAAGUCAGAUACCUAUAAUCAUUCACACUUCCGAUCCCCUGAACGAGUUUUCUUCUAUGUUACCUCCAAUGUAAUUGGUAAUUAUAGCUACACGAUUGCUAUAUCUUCACCAAUUCAGAGUGUAAGAGUGAAAUAUUUUGGACCAUUGCUGUCAGUGAAUGAAGACUUUCGAAAAUUAUGCGAGGAAGGUAAAGGUCUGGUGUUGAAUCAUCAUCAGAUCAACGGCAUGAGUAAUUACUGUUGCUGUCCAGUGAAUUUGGAUUUGAUUCUGCAUGAACGAGAAGACCAGUCAUUUGAUUGUAAUUUAGCUAACCAAGGUAUAUAAUUACGCUGUAUUAAAACCAUUGUAAAGCA